AUGCCUGCCGCGGAGAAUAUUGCGGAAGCGGAGGGUUCAGACGGGGGCCGUUCAGCGGGUGAAAAUCCAGCGGGAGUUGUGGGGAGUGCUGAAAUGGGAGGUCUGCCGCCAGAUGUGGGAGGAACAGCGGAGCAUGCACACGCGCUCCCGCAUGUCGCGGCUGAAAUCACGGAUCCACGUGGCGGAGUCUCGUUGGAUGCGGACGAGGGCGACGGCGCCACGUGUACGAAGCUGGACACAGAGGAAGAGAUGAAAUCUCUGUCCCGCGUGAUCGCUGCUUAUAUGAACUACCCGUUUGCUGCUGAUUGGACGGUGCAGCGAUGGGAGCGAGCCUAUGCCAGGCUGCCGCCACGUCAGCAGUUCCAUGCAUUACUCAUUCCCCCUUACGCUCUCCUUAAAGGCUCUGCUGUCGCACCUGCCAGCCAAAUAUGCCUCUAUUCGCAUGCGCAUUGCUCACAAUGCCCGCUUUCUCACUGA